CUUCAGCACUUUCAUCUGCUCUUUGCUCCUGGCAGUCAUCAUCCACUUGUCGGCUAUUUGCUGAUGACCGUGCUCUCCACCCCUCUUUGCUCAGCAUGCAACCAUACGUUCACUUGCGCAUAUCCAAGCUCUCCCGGGGUCGACCUCCUGUGCUCAACACACGUUCCCACUAGUAGGGAACGUGCCGACAUCGACGCGACCCUCGCAGAUAUGACCGGCUCGCUGCGCGUUCUCGACGCAGAAAUUUCGAAUGCGAGGGACCGUUUCACAGCACUUCUCCUGAGUCGCAAACGUCUCGAAGUAGACAUGCAACUCAUAGCGAGUGCCAACGCGCCCAUUCGACAACUCCCUUUCGACAUACUGGCCCUCAUCAUCCACUUCGCGCUACCGCCUGGCUGGGGAACUUACGCCCCCUGCGGCACUGUUCGCUUCCCGCUCAUCAUUUCAUGCCGACGGUUCCGGGAGACCGCGCUGGCCAUGCCUGACCUCUGGUCCAAAACUGCCCUACCUCACAAGUUUGACACGCCUUCAAAGCGAGCCCGCUUUAUCCCCGCUGCACAGAAGUACAUUGAGCGGGCCGCUCCUCGUGCCGUGGACGUCAUCUCGGCGAACUACGACGCCCGUACUCAUCAUUGGACGUUCGUGCAGAAGGAGUUGCACGGUGCGGAGGACUGGAUGGUAUCCAAAAUCCAUCGCUUUAGAAAGCUUGACUGGCCCUUCUCUCCAGAGCCAAAGGGUAUACCAGACGAGCCUCUAGAUGCGCCAUUGUUGGAGUCCAUCAGAUUCAUGCUGGAAACACCGGGAAACGAUAGAUCGUCCACGGUAGACAUGACCCUUGGUGAAUGUCCCAAACUGCGGAAGGCGGUCUUCUCGCGCUGGUACUGCCCGUCUUUCGCCAGAUUGCCGUGGAAGCAAUUGACGGAGCUCACGCUGGAUGUCUACGAGAUUGUUUCGGUGGACUGGCGCUGCAUAGGCCGUUGUCGCGCGUUGACGAAGUUGCACCUCCAGAUACGCCAAAGCCGUGACUUUGUGAAUCUGGACGAGGACGAGGAUGUGGAAGGCGCAGACGAUUCAGACGAGGACGCCGAGGACAUGGUGCCUGAUUGGAAUAAUCGCCGACGCAUCACAAUGAACUCUCUACAGAGCCUCACCCUCGUCAAUCACGGACUCGACUUCGCCGCACAACUCGUGGCCCCCAACCUCGUCCACCUCUCUCUACAGGUGUCUGACGACGACUUUAGCGAGAGGCCAGACGUCGCGGAUCAGCUCUUGAAAGCGCGGGCGAUCGUCAGUCGCUCCGCGGUCCAUCCGCUUCGCAGCUUCAAGAUGACGGGCUUCCAGGGCCAGCUCCGCGCGCCAGCCGUCUCACGCAGCCUGCUAUCGAUUCUCGAACGCACGCCCGAGCUCCGCCAUCUUCAUUUCGUCUAUAAGCUGGACACCGACCUCGACGACACGCUCGUCAGAGGCCUCGCCUCGACAGCUAUCGCGCCGAAGCUUGAGCACCUCGCUUUCACGUUGGAGAAGGGCCAUUACUAUCGGAAGUUCCCGACGUGGUUUGCCAGCAAAGAGUCUGCUCCGGGCACCCUGCUCAAACGGCUAGCACGCGCGCGGUGGUCAUCCGUUGGCGGAGGGCCACAGACACUAGUCACAGUCGUACGGGGCAAGGACACGCUGGCAUGCGCACGCUGUAGGCCGCCACUCGGAUGGCAGGGCCAGCUCGAAACAAUCGGCAUCGAGUUUCCGGCGCCGGACGAGCUACUCUACGUGUUCAGCCUUUCAGGCUUUGAGGCAGGCGUGGUCCGCCACCUGUAUGAGUAGUAUGUAUCGACGAGGCCGAUGCUGCUUUCGAAUGAAUGACCACUUUCUUGGAGCUAUCUACAGACACGACGUUUCGGAAUUUCUUGCUUUCAGACUUAUGAACUCUCGCAUCGAACCUGGUAUCACACAGAUGUAUCGAUAUCUAGACAGGUUUCUGUUGCGCUCCCGCUAUCUUGAUAAUGCCGUCGUACUUUGUACGCUCACAGCCUCAGUUACGCUCCAGAUGUGCGUCUCGGUUAAUUACUUUCUUGUAUUCACACUACGCGCUUCACAUUGUACGACUAAUACCCACUACCCUGUUCCCUAUGAUCCCGUUCAUCAUCUCCCGCACCUUUCUCAGUGC